ACCACCACUUCCUCAGUCAAGGAAACAAAACCGGAAGUCGGCGCACUUAACAAGCUGUUGUUGUGAGACAGUCGUGAACAAGCACAAGCAAAUGGCGGAGGAGGAGGACGAGCCAGGCUUCGACGAAGAGUUGGAGGACGGCUCCGGCGGGGUGGAUGUCGGCUACGGCAAGAGAAAGAGACUCUUCUCCAAGGAGCUCCGGUGCAUGAUGUACGGAUUUGGAGAUGACCAGAACCCUUACACGGAGUCUGUGGAUAUUCUGGAGGAUCUGGUGAUCGAGUUUAUCACGGAAAUGACCCACAAGGCCAUGUCUAUCGGGCGCCAGGGUCGCGUCCAGGUGGAGGACAUCGUUUUCCUCAUUCGCAAAGAUCCCAGGAAGUUUGCUAGAGUCAAAGAUCUGCUGACCAUGAACGAGGAGCUGAAGAGAGCUCGGAAAGCUUUUGAUGAAGCAAAUUAUGGCUCUUAAACUCACAACGGGACUGGUUGUUAUUCCUCCCAUGACCUUUGUUUCUUUUAAUUUACUGUUCGUUUGCUCGUGAGUUCAUUCAGUCUUCAGACUGCAUGUUUGCGUCAUGUGUGUGUUUAUAGACAGUAUAACAAUAACAACGAAUUUCAGUGUAUAUGCUUGAUUUCAGACUUUUUGGUUAUGUAAAAUAAAGCAACUUGCCAAUAGUUUUAAAAUGA